GAAUGCCAUACGGCAGCCGGGAGAACUCCCUCCUUUAUUCUGAGAUCCCUAGGAAGGUUCGAAAAGAAGCCUUACUGCUCCUGUCCUGGAAGCAAAUGCUGGACCACUUCCAGGCCACGCCCCACCAUGGGGUCUACUCUCGGGAAGAGGAGCUGUUACGGGAGCGGAAGCGCCUGGGCGUCUUUGGCAUCACAUCCUAUGACUUCCACAGCGAGAGCGGCCUGUUUCUCUUCCAGGCCAGCAACAGCCUUUUCCACUGCAGGGAUGGGGGCAAGAAUGGGUUCAUGGUGACCCCCAUGAAGCCGCUGGAGAUCAAGACCCAGUGCUCGGGGCCGCGCAUGGACCCCAAGAUCUGCCCGGCAGACCCCGCCUUCUUCUCCUUCAUCAACAACAGUGACCUGUGGGUGGCCAACAUUGAGACAGGCGAGGAACGGAGGCUCACCUUCUGUCACCAGGGCUCAGCCAGCGUCCUGGAUGACCCCAAGUCUGCAGGUGUGGCCACCUUCGUCAUCCAGGAAGAGUUCGACCGCUUCACCGGGUGCUGGUGGUGUCCUACAGCCUCCUGGGAAGGCACUGAAGGUCUCAAGACACUGCGAGUCCUGUACGAGGAGGUGGAUGAAUCGGAGGUGGAGGUCAUCCAUGUGCCCUCACCUGCGCUAGAGGAGAGGAAGACGGAUUCCUAUCGAUACCCCAGGACAGGCAGCAAGAACCCCAAGAUUGCCCUGAAGCUUGCUGAGUUCCAGACUGAUGGUCAGGGAAAGAUCGUGUCCAGCUGCGAAAAGGAGCUGGCUCAGCCUUUCAGCCAGCUCUUCCCCAAGGCGGAGUACAUCGCCCGGGCUGGAUGGACGCGAGAUGGCAGAUUUGCCUGGGCCAUGUUCCUGGACCGUCCCCAGCAGCAACUCCAGCUCGUCCUGCUGCCCCCCGCCCUGUUCAUCCCGUCCCCUGAGAACGAGGCUCAGCGACUGGCCUUUGCCAGGGCCAUCCCCAAGGAUAUCCAACCCCACGUCAUAUAUGAAGAAGUCACCAACGUCUGGAUCAACGUCCAUGACAUCUUCCACCCCUUCCCACAAGCUGCGGGCCAACAGGAAUUCUGUUUUCUUCGAGCCAAUGAGUGCAAGACUGGCUUCUGCCACCUGUACAAGGUCACUGUGGUGCUCAAAUCCAAAGGCUAUGAUUGGGCGGAGCCGCUCAGCCCCUCGGAAGAUGAGUUUAAGUGCCCCAUCAAAGAGGAGGUUGCGCUGACCAGUGGUGAAUGGGAGGUCCUGGCGAGGCAUGGCUCCAAGAUCUGGGUCAACGAGCAGACAAAGCUGGUGUACUUCCAAGGCACAAAGGACACACCACUGGAGCAUCACCUAUAUGUGGUCAGCUACGAAUCCGCUGGUGAGAUCGUGCGGCUCACCACACCUGGUUUCUCACACAGCUGUUCCAUGAGCCAGAACUUUGAUAUGUUCGUGAGUCACUACAGCAGUGUGAGCACACCACCUUGUGUGCAUGUGUACAAGCUGAGCGGCCCUGACGAUGACCCCCUGCACAAGCAGCCCCGGUUCUGGGCCAGCAUGAUGGAGGCAGCCAACUGCCCCCCGGACUACGUGCCCCCUGAGAUCUUCCACUUCCACACACGCUCUGACGUGCAGCUGUACGGCAUGGUCUACAAGCCACACGCCCUGCAGCCGGGCCGGAAGCACCCCACUGUGCUCUUCGUGUAUGGGGGCCCCCAGGUGCAGCUCGUGAACAAUUCAUUCAAAGGAAUCAAGUACCUGCGGCUGAACACGCUGGCAUCACUGGGCUACGCUGUGGUGGUGAUUGAUGGCCGGGGCUCCUGUCAGAGGGGCCUGCGCUUUGAAGGGGCCCUGAAGAACCAGAUGGGCCAGGUGGAGAUUGAAGACCAGGUGGAGGGCUUGCAGUACGUGGCCGAGAAGUACGGCUUCAUUGACCUGAGCCGGGUGGCCAUCCACGGCUGGUCUUACGGUGGCUUCCUGUCACUCAUGGGGCUCAUUCACAAGCCCCAGGUGUUCAAGGUAGCCAUUGCGGGUGCCCCUGUCACUGUGUGGAUGGCCUACGACACCGGCUACACAGAACGCUACAUGGACGUCCCAGAAAACAACCAGCAGGGCUACGAGGCGGGUUCUGUGGCCCUCCAUGUGGAGAAGCUGCCCAAUGAACCCAACAGGCUGCUCAUCCUGCAUGGUUUCCUGGAUGAAAAUGUGCAUUUUUUCCACACCAACUUCCUAGUGUCACAGCUGAUCCGGGCUGGGAAGCCGUACCAGCUGCAGGUGAGGCACUUCAGGACACAGGGUGGACCCCAGCCUCAGCCCGGUGGUCAGAUUUACCCCAAUGAGAGACACAGUAUCCGGUGCCCCGAGUCAGGGCAUCCAGGGAACCCACAUUCUCCUGAAGACCAGACUAAGCUUGGGGCUACUGGAACAGGUAUCUGGACAUCUGGGGUCUGGCCAGGCUUGGGGACAGGCACCCAGCUGCCAUGGGUCAUAGACCCAGCCCCUGCCCAGCUCACCCCAACAUGGGGUUCAGGCUUGGGAAUAGGACCUGGCCAACCUAAAGGUGGGAACCCCCUCCUUGCCCUCUCACUGAGAGUUUGGGCAUGAAGGAGUGAAAAAAUGAAAGACAAAAGAAAAGGAAAAAAAACAAACAGAAACCACCUCUACAUAUUAUGGAAAGAAAAUAUUUUUGUCAAUUCUUAUUCUUUUAUAAUUAUGUGCGAACGCAGACUCAUUAAACUAUUCCAGAUGGAGACA